UCCAUUUUAUUGUGUUUGCCUUCUGUUUCCCCUCUGCCUAUCCUUCUACUCUCUUUCUCUUUUUUUUUUCUGUAACUAAUACUGUUGUUCCAGUUCCAUCCUGCCACCUUGGUCAUGCUGGGAAGCGAAACAAGUUGCUUAAUUGCAGUGCAGUACCCAGCAGGACACCUCCCCUCCCUCAUAAAAGGUUGCUCUUAUUUGCCUUCCUCAUUUACAUUCUCAGCAGAGAGGACAAGAAGGGACAUGGAGCUCUUCAUUCUGCUGACAAAUGGUCCAUGAAAAUGUUUAGAGAGGGACACUGAGGGGAUCCCACACUGCUACAUGCAUGAUGUAUUGGUCUCAAGCCUGUCAGCUCAUGAUCUUUCAUUGGCCCAGAAUUCACAGGUGCACAUGGAUGCUCCUAUACAAACGCAGUAGUCAAGAUUUUUAAGAAUUAGACAAUAUUUUAGGGUGUUUCAAGGUAAGACAUUUUAAAGAGACCCUCCUUUCUGAACUGGUGAGCUCACAGCUUAAGAAAAUGGGCACUGAUACAGUCCAGUUAGGGAGCACAGGGUGCACAGCAGGUCACUUCCUGGUGCUUUAGUAUGAAUUUCUUGUCCCCAGGAUAACUGCUUGAACUAAACAGUUGCCAGUUGCUGAGCUGCCAGGUUCACAUGUUUUAUUUUUUUAACCUAAUUAAACUAGAUUUAUUUUUAACGCUCCUUAUUACCAUCCGCUUCUGACUUCCAUCCAUCUACUGCUGAGUACAUGCUGCUCUUGCCAAAGCAAGUGUCUUUCAGCAGCUCACUCAGCCCCCUGGAACUUUACCACCCUGUGGGAGAUCACACUUGCCACCAUUGUCCCUUCUAUUAAUUCCAUGGCAGCACAUGCUGUUCGUCUGCCUUGUUCAGUGCUCUCAUGUUAAUAACUGUGCAACCAGUUGCUACUUCUUUCAUAACCAUUACCAUAGCUGCCCAUUGUUGAUAAUUCAGGUUAAUUACUUACUAAAAAGUUUAGUAGAACAAUUUAGCUUUGCUUAGCCUGUUCAUCGAUGAAGACUAUAAAUGUCUGCAGUCUAUCACUGAUACAGAUGUUACUGCAGUUUGGUAUAAUUGGCUUUUACUGAAGUGCUGCAGCAAAAAUGAUGGUUAGUCCAACUGGCAAAGUCAGCUGACUGUUUGUUACACCUACUGCUUGGUUUUCCAUUAGAUUUUGGGCAACCCCUUGAGUGUGCAGUGUAUACCCAUCUACAGAAGCGCUGAAGCCCAGCACUAAAAAGGGUAUCAUGGCAGCUGCAAAGAGUCCAGCAUUUCAAUUAGGCUUACGGUGCUGGGCUGAUCUAUCACAAAUACAUUUUACUGGAGAUAGGCAUACCUAUGACAAGACUUAGAUAACGUUCUCUCUGUUUUAUGGAAAAAGUAGUGGAAAAAUUGCCAAGAAGCAGCAUCAUUAAAGGUAAUGAUGCCUCUCUAGUCAGUUUUCUCUGGUCUGGCAGUGUCCUGUUCCCUGAAAUUUCAAAUCUAGGAGCUGUUACAGUCAGAAGGCUCUGGAUACAUUCACUGCUCUCAGUUUCCAGUGAAAUGGAUGGAAACUGGGACCCCUUUCAGCAACAGGCUCUUUCUGACCAUACAGUCAGGAGUCCCCAUCUCCUGAUUCUUAGAAGCAGAAGAAAGGCCCUAUGCUCCCAUACAAGGGGAAGUGUAGUUUAGCAUUACACUACUUUAGAGCAAAACUGGACUCUGGAAACUCCACCCAGCUCUCUGAUUUUAUGUGCAUGACACUAUUUGCAGUGAAUUGAGGCUGACUUGGUGCAUUGUGGUACUUUGCAUUCAUUUAAGCCUUUACAACAUAGGGCUGUGCAACACAUCAGCAAUAGCCUUUAGCUUCUCUAAGUACUGACAAGCAAAUGAAAGCAAGAUAGCUCCCUUCAGACACUUUUUAAAUCCAGCAUGGAGCUGUCUUCUUCUUUGGAUGCCUAAGUAUCCUAAAUAUGCCUAAAUAUCUUCGUAUUAAAUUGUGAGCAAGAAUUAUGAUUAAUUGCUCCCCUGACCUUCAGUUUCUUCAUUGAGACUGUGUCACCGAACCAUAUUUUAUGUCACUAGGAGACAGCAGAUAUAAAUGAAGUAUCUGCCUGCUCUAGAAUAUCUAACAAGGGAGGAAAUUACUUCCAUCCGUUAACACAACAGAUUUUCUUGAGACAAUUUUCUGCCUUCCAAAUUCAGUUUUAAAAUGUGAUUUCAUCCUCACAGGUCUGUCUGUUGGUUUCCAGCACAAGGGGCAUUGCCUCCGUUUGUUGGCAGCACUGGCAAGAAAAGCAACCUGUCACUCUCCCUCAUCUUAAUGCUUUUUUUCCACUGCAUAAUUUUAAAACUAGAAAUAAUUUAUAAAAAAACCCAAAAAACAACCCCACACAAGAUAAAUUCAGAUUUUGGAUUUCUUCAGAAGAAAGGGCAGUGGGUAUUCUUUUCCAAUAAAUUAAAUUAUAAUUUAAUUAGCUCAAAAGAAGACUGAACCCCAUGCACUUUACUUCUGUGGUCCAAGACUGAGCAUGCAGUAAGUAGGAAGGAGACUUUUUUCCCAAAUAAUCGGCAAGAAGUGACAGUUGGUCUUUGGUCUGUGAGCGCACUCAUGUUUGCAGCACACGACAUUGGCACAUCCUGUAGCCACAUCUGUGGGUGACACAAGUACUGGGAGGCCAGUGCCUUUGCACGCAAGGGGAGAGAGCAGUGCUCUGCCCCCCCCACCAUCUUGUGCCACCCGUGCUGCUACUCCUGCGUGCUCAGGUACGCUGGGCACUGCAGCCCCGCUGAACCUGGUGUAUUUACAGUCUGUGGCAGAAUGGGCCUCCUGCUGUGGCAGUGCUUUGUAAUUUCUUUUCUUUUGUUUGUCCUCUUUGUAAUUUCUUUUCCUUGGUCUGUCCUUGCAUCAGCAGCAUUCAACACUAUCAGAUCUUUGUAUCAGCAUGUUCUCCAGGCCCAGCUGUAUGAGGUAGUAAGUAUUUUCAACUCACGUCAGCUCCAAAGCGAGUGCCAUUGAAAACUAAACAAAUAUAAAAAACGUUAAACAAAAAAAUCAAGCUUAGGAAUAGCCUUGUUGUCGUGUUGGCCCUGUGCAUUCAUUUUUCUGUUCAAAUUAGUCAUGCACUUUGAAGGAUAGGAAGUUCACAACAGGGCAGCCAAAUCUUAUGUUCAGAAUCAGGACCCUGGAAGGAAAAACCAGCAUGUAAACCAGAAAAAUAUUAGCCCAUGAUUGCAUUGAAAUCUCAAAGCUUAAUGCAAGAUGUGUUCAUAAGUGCUUUUUGCUGGAAAGAAACAGCCUCUGCCAUGCAAUUACAUACUUAAGCUCUGUGGAAAAGAUUUGUUUACUGAGUGAGAAAGGCAAACACCCCAUUGCCGCUGGUCAGAAAGAGUCCUCUGUAAUCAUCACAGGCUGCAACACAAAUACAACAGUUCGAAGACCUUUAACAUUUGAUUAGUAUUUUUCUCUUUUAUAGAGUGAAGAGCAUUUGGACCUUAAAAGGAAAAUGAGCUAAGGCUUUAAUUAGUGGGGCCACAGAGAAAGAAAUGAAGAAUGACUGUGGAGAGCUCUAAAUCACUCUUUUAAAAAGCAAGCAAAUACUCUUGGCCAUCACCAAGGACAAAAAUAGGCUCUACUUCAGGCCCUGCUUACUGACAGCCUCUGUGGAUGUCCUAAGGUAUACGCAGCUGUGCUGAGACGGACAGGCACUACUACAACAUCCACUCUCAGAUUCGUGAUGUUACAUCAACAGCUAGUACUUGUCUUUGGAAUAUCACUGGCUAGUGAUAUAUGUGCAUUUAAAAGCUGUUACUCAGAAGCCCAAGUCUCCCUAUAUUAUUACUGCAACCUCACAGAUAUUCCACUUGUGCCAAAGGAUACAGUGAAGCUUGUUUUAACUUUCAACUAUAUCAGACAAGUGACUGCAACUUCAUUUCCUCUGCUGGAGCACUUGUUGCUGUUGGAAAUCGGAAUGCAGUAUGUCUAUCCUGUUACUAUAGGAAAAGGAGCUUUCAGGAACCUGCCAAACCUUCGUCUCUUAGACUUGGGAUACAAUAGGAUUCUUCAACUGGAUCUUGAUGCUUUUGUGGGCUUGCAAAGUCUGACUGUACUCCGUCUGUUUCAGAACUACCUUGGAGACUCCAUCCUGGAGAAACGUUACUUUCAAGAUUUGAGCUCGUUAGAAGAGUUGGAUCUUUCGGGGAACCAAAUCACAAAACUUCAGCCUCACCCCUUAUUUUAUAACCUAACAGUCUUGAAAACUGUGAACCUGAAAUUCAACAAGAUAUCCAACCUAUGUGAAAGCAAUCUUACCAGCUUCCAAGGAAAACACUUUUUAUUUUUUAGCCUCAGUUCUAAUAAUUUGUACAAGACAGAUGAAAUAGCCUGGGACAAAUGCGCAAAUCCUUUCAGAAAUAUUACGUUUAAUUCACUAGACCUUAGUGACAAUGGCUGGAGCACAGAGAAAGUCCAAUAUUUCUGUAGAGCCAUUAAAGGGACUCAAAUCGGUUCUUUAGUAUUUAGCUCUCAUACAAUGGGUUCAGGAUUUGGCUUUAAUAAUUUAAAAAAUCCAGAUAAUGAUACAUUUGCAGGGCUAGCAAGAAGUGAUCUUCAUUUGCUUGAUAUUUCAAAUGGUUACAUUUUCUCUCUCAAUUCUUUAAUCUUUCAAAGCCUUGGUAAUCUGGAAUUGCUGAACCUUUUCAAAAACAAGAUAAAUCAAAUCCAAAGGGAAGCAUUUUUUGGCUUAGGAAACCUAAAAACUCUCAAUCUCUCAAGUAAUCUUUUAGGUGAGUUGUAUGAUUAUACUUUUGAGGGUCUAUAUAGCGUAACGUGUAUUGAUUUACAGCAAAAUCAUAUUGGGAUGAUUGGUGGAAAAUCAUUCAGUAACUUAGUAAGUCUGAAAAUAAUUGAUCUCCGAGACAAUGCCAUUAAAAAACUCCCUUCCUUUCCACCUCUGACCUCUGCCUUUUUAGGUGACAAUAAGCUAAUGUCUAUAGCUGACACAAAAAUAGCAGCAACACACCUUGAAUUAGAAAGAAAUUGGUUGGCAAACCUGGGUGAAUUGUAUAUUCUUUUCCAAGUUCCAGAUGUGCAGUAUAUCUUCUUAAAACAGAAUCGCUUCUCUUACUGUGUGAAAAGUGAUAAUGUUAUAGAAAACAAUCAGUUAAUCUAUAUGGAUCUAGGUGAAAAUAUGUUACAGCUUGUGUGGGAGAGAGAUUUAUGUUUGGAUGUGUUCAGGGCACUGUCCAAACUACAGGUUCUACAUCUGAAUAACAACUACCUUAGUGCUCUUCCACAGGGUAUUUUUAGAGGUCUAACAUCUCUGAAAAGACUUAAUCUAGCUUACAACCAGUUGUUUCAUCUUCCUCCUGGGCUUUUCCCACAAAGCCUAACAAACCUAAACCUAUCUGGGAACCAGCUUUUUUCCCCUGAGCCUGAAGUCUUUAUGACUUUGAGUAUUCUGGAUAUAACACAUAAUAAGUAUGUCUGUGAUUGUACUUUAAAGAGCCUACUGGUGUGGCUAAAUGAAACCAAUGUAACACUUGCUGGCUCACAGUCUGACAGGUACUGUGUAUACCCACCUGCAUUUGCAGGGGUACCACUGUCGUCUCUGACAUAUGAUGAUUGCAGUGAAGAUGAACUCCAGCAGACACUCAGGUUCUCAGUAUUCCUCUUCACCUCCAUCACUCUUCUCAUGUUUCUGAUGGCAGUCAUCAUUUUUACUCGCUGUCGGGGGAUUUGUUUUGUCUGGUAUAAAACUAUCACCAAAAAAAUUAUAGGUAACCAUCCACAAGUAGAAGAUAAAAGUGAAUACAGAUAUGAUGCAUAUUUGUGCUACAGCAAAAAUGACUUUGAAUGGGUCCAGAAUUCUUUGCUAAAGCACCUGGAUUCACAGUAUUUUGAUAAAAACAGAUUUACUUUGUGCUUUGAGGAAAGAGAUUUCUUGCCUGGAGAAGAACAUAUCAGUAAUAUUCGUGAUGCCAUUUGGAACAGCAGGAAAACAAUUUGCAUUGUGACCAGGCAGUUUCUCAAAGAUGGGUGGUGUGUGGAAGCCUUUAAUUUUGCCCAGAGCAGGUACUUUUGUGAUCUGAAAGAUGUCCUCAUUAUGGUAGUGGUUGGGUCACUUUCUCAAUAUCAACUGAUGAAACAUAAACCAAUUCGAAACUUUUUACAAAGGAGUCAAUAUUUGCGGUGGCCUGAAGAUUACCAAGAUGUAGACUGGUUUUUAAAUAACCUUUCUUGCCAAAUUCUGAAGGAAAAAAAAGUGCGAAGGAAAGCCAGCAGUAUGGAGCUGCAGACUGUAGCAACACUCUCACAUUGAUCGUGUAUGGGUUGCUGGCUUUCUAAAUACCCCAUUUCCAGCUGUGUCAUGGAAGGAAUGAACAAGUUUGCUUUAUCUUUCCUUGAAAAAUGAGGUAGAAAGAUAACUAUUUCAGUAUAAAUCCUACUAAACAUGGGAACAGCUUGAAAGCAACCAGCAAAUAAAUGAAAGUGCAAUUAUUUUAUGGACUAACACAUUUUCAUGAGAAUGAAAUGAUUCAUGGAUACUUCACAUUUUGGAUGCUCAGCUUCAGACACUUUAGUCCUGAUU